AUGGAGUCGGCACCAUUUGCGUUUGUGAAGCCACAGGCUCAUUCAUCCCAGAGCAAGAAAACAACAAGGACACAUGGUGGUGGUGGGAAGGACUCGACACUCAACGCCAUGAGACGCUCUCAGCUCAGCAGAACCAGGAGUGAGACGAGGAUUUUUGGUCAAGUUCAAGGGUUUCAAAAACCGAAACUGAACGAUGUUCCCCUCAGCAGUGCCAAAAUCACCCAGUUCAAAGCCAUGGAAGAAAGGGGAAGCAGCGACUUGCAGUAUCAGUUUGAGAGGAUGGCCAGGGAAAAGGCACAGCUCUCCGUGGACCACGACAACCUUGUACAACAAUAUGCAGACCUGUCAGAGGAGGUGGAAAGGCUGUCCAUCCAGUGUGACGUGUGGAGGAGCAAGUUCCUGGGGAGCAGGACACAGGUCAGCCAGCUGAUCGACCUGAGGAACGCCAUCUACCAACAGUUUGGAAAAGCGCAGGCAGCCAUCGACAAUGUCAUGAAGGAGAGAGCACCUAUCAGGAAGGAGAUGGUGGAGACAUACCGGCUGCUGGACCAACUGGUGAAGGCGCUACGCUGGGGAAAGCCACAACCGCUUCAACAGGCUGCAAACCCAAGGAACAUGAAGGAACUUGUUCAAGCUAACCACCGGCUGGUCUCAGCCGUAUCUGCACAGCUGCUAGGGAACAUAAAGCCAAUGAACUCUGCAAACCAAGAAACAGUGGAAAGUGGCAUUGGUCUAACAAAUGCAGAGGCUGCUGCGACACAGGUGCUGAAUAUGAACUUUGACCUCCAAUUACUUAGCCCAGAAAGUGCGGCUCCAGUUGGGAAGAUGAGUGGUCGCUUCCAUCCACAACAUAAGUAUGAGGAGAUCACUGUGAACUGUUGCAACAAAUGCAAGGGAGAAAUCAAAGUAGUCUAAGCAAUGUUGGGAACAGUUUUCUGCUACAAAAAAAAAUGUACAUUUUCUAGAGACUGCAGGUUUGCUAAAUACAGUAAGGUAGCCUCAGAAAUUGUAUGUGCUGCCAAGGAAAUACUUCUUUUUUGCGUGUUAUAUAUUGACAACUGUUAGCAAGUUCUCUUUACUGCUUUUUGUAUUUAUAAAUGUAUCAAUAAAAGUAAGUGGGCCAUAGAAGCUAUUUCAGUAUUAAGGGGAAUAUGCAAUAUGAUGUAUUGAAAACAUUUUGUUGCUUAUCCUGGCCUUCUGCUAAUGUGAAACAUGUAACGUUAACUAUAUACUUUUUGUUGCUCAGUUCUUAGCCAUGAACAAGUUUAUCACGUUACUAGCCCUGUUUUAUAAGGAAAACAUUCACUUUAUUCACUUCUAGAUCUGAGUUAUACAUGUAUGAUUGAGAGGUAGAGCUAGACCAGUUUUCAACAUAUAUGAAUUACAGUUUUGUUGCUGGCAGUCCACCUUUUUGUAAACAGAAAAUACAUGUACAACUUUUUCCAUUCA